GUAAAGAGGGGCAGGAGUCACAAUCCUGAACAGUCAGCCAGUCGUUUACUUUUUCCUCUCUUUUGGGCCUUUAAACAAUCCAGCUGCACACGUCCACCCCUGGUUUUAGGCCCUGCUCCAGCAGUUUGAGGCAAACCUUUGUAAAGAAAGAACAGAAGAACUAAACACACAGCCAUGAAGGACAAAGUGAGGAGAGGAGGAGGAAGAAAUCAAGUGAAAACUGAGGCAGUUGUCGUGCCGGGUGGAGACGAUGCUGUGGACGUUAAGCAGGAUGAAAGCACAUCGUUUCCUGUGAAGAUCCAGGGAGCAGGCGUGGAGCCGUUUGAGCUGCAGGUCCAUGGUUUUUGGCAUGUUCAAGAUGCACUAAUGACUCUGCUUUCGAGGAACGAGGUGUGUCCACGCUCAAGCCUGGCAUUAACCAUAGCUGGUGCAGCUCUGGAUCCCCAUGCUGAUCUGCAAAGCCUCAAGGGCCUCAAAGCGGGGGCCGUCAUCCGUCUGGUGGAAGAGCCGUACACCUACCACUCAGCGAGGCUCCACCUGGCUCGUGUCGUAGAGCUGCUGAGAGCGCCCGGACCUCAGGACGCACUGAGAGAGGGACGUUCACCGAGCAUACUGGAGACCCUCACGCACACACAGACACCCGAACAUAGCUUAUUGAACGGGAAGAGCCUGAAGCGCUCUUUAGCUAAUGCAAAGGCAGAGUCGGCCAGCCAGGACGAAGGUCCACCUGAUUACCUCCUCCCCGGUUCAUCAGAGAGACCCCUCAUGGCCCUGAUGCCACACAGCUCUCAACCAGAGACUCACAGUUACCUGAAGGACCUGGCUCUCAGCUGCUGGAACCCUCCUCCGGGACACAGGAAGCUGCAGGGAGACUUCAUGUAUAUCGCAGUGGUGACGGCGGAGGGGCGACGCUGUGACAUCACAUCCUGUCCAAAAGGUUUCUUCCUCAACAGGUCUACAGAAGACGCGUUCGAUCCUCGUCCUGCUCAGUCUUCGCCUGUGUGUCACUGUUUCACCGACCUGCUCUGUCACAUCAGCCCUGCGUUCAAACAAACCUUCACCGCACUCAAAAACAAGACCCCCGAGCAAUCAGUGGAGGUGAUGCCCACUCCUUACCACACGCUGAGCUGGCUCGGGCCUUCCUGCUCCUCUCGUGUUCACAGGAACACCUUCAGCAGACUGGGGGUGGAUGAACAUGCAGCAGCACAGGCUCCAGACUGGAACGAGGAGCUGCAAGCAGCAAGAGAUCUUCCCCAGGGAAGUCUGGAGGAGAGGCUGCAGAGAGACAGAGCCCUGCUACAAGUGAACGGUGCGUUUGUGAGGACUGUCAUGCAGGCGGCAGAGACUGUGAUAGAUGGAUUUGUUGAGCCGGUGAACGGAAACCCGGAGGACCCAGCUUUCGUGUGGGGCGGCUUGUUCAUGAGCCAGGGUGCCAUGAGUGCAGCGCUUGGAGGCGAGAGGGGCCGCAGGGCAUCUCAGAGACUGGAGCUUAAAGGUGUUCAGGCUUACAGUGACUUGGAGGGGUUGCAGGGGCUGCACACUCUGCCUACAGCCAUCGUGGACUACAGAGGGGUGCGCCUGUCUGCUCAGGGUCUGGCUCCUGGCUUGGAGAGCUCAGAGCAAGACCAGGAAGCUUCUCCUGCAUCGAGAGGUCUGCUGUACGGGGUGAACGCAGGGCCCCAAGAGUCCCCCCAUCGCCGACAGCUGCUGUCGCUCUUGGCUCACUCCGCCAAAGCUCUUUCGAUUCAGAGACAUGUUGUGGUGGGACCCAACGGUCACCAGGUGCCUCUGUUCACCUCACUGGACGCUCAGGGGCUGCUGGGAGCCGACAGGAGGUUCUAUUUACUCGACGUGUUCAGGACCUUUCCAGCUGAUGCCAACUUUUGUCCAGAAGAGAAGACGGAAAAACUGACAACUGCUGAAGAAGAGAGCAGUAAAAGCAGUCAAGGAGAAGUUAAGGAGGAGGAGGAGAAGGGUUGUGAGAAAGAAGGCUGGCCAGAGAAUUAUAAAACCACCUCCGGACUGCCUAAAAGUUUCCCUCACAGACUCUGUAGGCUGAGGCCAGAGCUGGUGCAGGCUUUCAUCCAACAUAAACACGGCCGGUUUACUCAGCUUGUCAGAGAGAAGUUGGAUGAAAACGGAGGCUUUGAGGAAUGUGCAACAGCCAACGACUCUCGGGCGACGGACGCAAUUCGAGCGGCGUGUAAAGAAGUGGGCUCCAUCAGUGACAUUAUCUUUGAGAUGCGAUUCAACCCAAAUGUUUUCUCUCCAGGCGUCUGUUUUCCUCCCAGCGAAAGGGCAAUGACUGAUCUACAGGAGAGGUUACUCCAAGAAGCUGCAGCUUUCAUCGUCACACACCAGAUCCCAGCCUUUUUGCGAGGUUGCCAACAGAGCAACGAGGCGCCGAUGGAAGGGGCUUCUUUAAAACAGGCGCUGCACCUAAAAGGCAUCAACCUGCGGUACCUGGGCCACGUCGCCAAGGCCAUUUCCCAGUCAGAACACAAGGAGCGUCUGAGGCAUAUAAUGAGAUUAGUGAUGAGUGAAAUUUUUAUUCGAUCGUCAAGAAGAGUGUUCAACAACUUCCUCCAGGGCGUGGACGUGCCGAGUCUCGCCGCAGCCAUCAGUCACUUCCUCGGCUGCCUGUUGGUCCCCCACUUCACUCCCUCUCCUGUGGGGGAGGAGACGAAGAAGAAGUCGAGGCGGCGCGGCCGCGGCACGGGAACCUCCGAGAACACGCCCUGGAGCAUGCUCACAGGAGCCGAGCUGUGGAAUCUGGUCUGCCAAGAUGCUGCUGAAACUUAUGACACCUCUGACGGUCUCGGCUCUGGUCCUAACCACCUGGUGGAACACUACGGUCUUCAAAAAAUCUCCCUGCUCAGAGAAUUCUGUUUAAAAACAGGAGUGCAGUUGAGACUGAGAGACUACUUGUUCGACAAUCUAAACAAAGCUCCCAUCAGUCCGGACGACAUCCUCAACAUCUUCCCCGUGGUGAAACACCUUCACAUGCCCAUCGGGGACGCUUCAAAAGCACAUCGAACUGCACAGAACUUCAUUCAGAAAAGUCUGCUGGAUCAGGCCCACGAGAAGCUGAAGGAAGCAGCCUACCUGUUCGGCAGGGUGUGCGAUGAUCUGCACCCCGAGGCGUGCCAUUGCCACAGUCUGUUGGCGAAGGUGACCUACCUGCAGGGGAAGACGGCGGAGGCUCGCAGUGUGCAGCUGAAAACAGUGGUCAUCAGCGAGAGGGUGCUCGGCUUUGACCAUCCCAACACUAUUCAGCAAUAUGCCCUCCUGGCAGUGUACGCGUACGCCGGAGGGGAGACGGCCCUGGCUCAGAAGUGUCUUCUCAGAGCUCGCCUGCUGAUGCUAACRGUCCACGGAGAAGACCACCCGUACACUGCGACACUCGAUAGCUGUCUUGGACUGGUGCUGCCUGAAGAUCUGACAGGACAGUUCCUGAAGAACGCCCUAAAACUCAACACUUCCUUCUUCGGACCUGCAGAUCUACAUACCGCCCUCAGUCAGCACCUGUUGUCCCAGUGGAUGUGCAGUAGGAGCGAYUACAGAGGAGCCAUGACACACGAGAAAGAGGCUCUGUCUGCUUUCACCUCACUGUUUGGGGAGGAUCACCCUCAGACACGCUGCAGCAAAGAGUUCCUGAGCACCAUAACCAAGCAGGCGGUGAAAGUAGAGCGCACUCUCAGACAGGCAGGAGCUGAGUGCACCGAGCAAAUGGUAGAGUGUCUAAGCCCAACAUCUGACACCAUUCUGGAGCAGCUGGUUCUGGUGACAGGGAUCAGGAGGAUUACAAAAAGCGACAGGCUCCAGGAGUACAAACAGAAACACUUGGAGCGAAAGCUUGCGGCAGCCAGAGAACUGGGAAUCAAACUUCCAUUCGAGCUUCCUGCCUCAGAUGUGGGGUGUGGCAAGGAAGCCGCGGAUGGAGGAAACAAGGCCGAGGAGAAGCACAGCGGGAGCCAACAGGAGCAGCGGGAGGAAGACGGGUCGACUCAGAGUGCUGGAAGCGUGUUAGCUAACGGUCACGUGGCAGAGCCAGAGAAAGCUGAUGAGAGCAGGGACAGAAAAGGGACAGGUGCCGGUCAGAUAAAGUCUGACCCGCAGGAGACAAAUGGAGACGUGGACGUCUUGGCGAGCCCUUCGGCCCUUAAAAGUCCACUGACCUGGGCGGAUGUGGUUUCGAAGCCAAGCACAGGCACAGGAAGCAAAGCAGCAAACGGAGUAGACAGUGUCGCUGCCAACGGUGCAGCUGAGGAGUCAAAACACUGAGCACAAUGGCUUGUGAACAAGUUUUUCUAAAGUCUCUGCUGUAAGAUUAAACUCUCCCAGGAUUUUAAAAGUGAUCCUAAGAACAGAGACAGCAUUAAGAAACAGGAUGAGUAUUACUUUAUGUUGUAAUGUUUUGCUGUCACAUAUACUGUGAGAAGGCUGUGUUGUUUUGCCUUUUUUUCCCCCCUUUUCCAACAAUAAACUUUUUACUUUGCUGUAUUAAA